CCACAAUCUGCGGCAUAACUAUCUGGGGACAUCAAGACUCCUUGCUAGAGUUUCUAUAAGAACAAUCUGGGCGCAAAUGUUAUCACUACCUCCACACAAGCUUUGUUUGAUGGCAUACUUCACGAGAUCCCUUUCUUUCUUCUUCCUCCUAGCACUAGUGCUCUUCUCUUCUCCCCAAAUCCAAGCCAGAGAGAGUAAAUUUUUUAACAAAUUCACCCACAUUAGUUCUAGCAAUAAGAUCCCUCAGUAUGAAAUAUCACCACCUACACCUACACCAGCACCAGCGCCAGCUGAAUUUGAAGUGUCAGUUCCAGCACCAGUACCAGCAUUGGCACCAUCUUUAUUCCCCGCUACAAAAGGGACUGAGACAACUAUACUUGAUGAAAGAGAUCUUCUGAAUGAGCAACUCAGUACUGCUGAAAACUAUGAGACAGGCAAUCAAAAUAGCAACUACAACAAGAAUCUUUACAACGGCAACUACAACAACAAUGGCUAUAGCAAUACAGGCUACACCCCAGUCAACUACAACAACCUUGGUUACUCUAACAAUUACAAUCGCAAUGGCUAUGAGACUGAGAAGCAAGGAAUGAGCGACACAAGAUUUAUGCAGAAUUACAACGAGUACACCACCGAGAACAAUGGCUACACCAGCAAUUAUAAUAACGAUGGCCAUACCGGUAACACAGGCUACAACACCAACUACAACAACAAUGUCUAUUCUAGCAACUACAAUACCAACGGCAAUGAGAAUGAGAAACAAGGGAUGAGUGACACGCGAUUUCUUGAGAGCGGAAAGUACUACUAUGACGUGAAGAAUGAGAAUAAUUACCCUGCCACAUAUGAAUCAGAGAGACAGUCGGGCACCGUUAAGAAUGGAAGAUCUUAUGGAAAUACACAGAGCGCCUAUGAGUUCAAUUCCAUGGAAGAGUACGAGAACCAGCUGCGGGGGUAUCAAGUGAACCCAGAGAACUAUGUGCCUUGAAAACCACACUUGAAUGUUUAGUGACCCCAAAGGAAUCAAACUGAAAAACAGAACUUCAAAACUAAGCAAUGGCUUUUUUAUUUUGGUUUAUAAUUUUAUACAUUUGUUUUGCAAAUCAAAGGAAACAAUAGUUUUGCAGUUUGUGCA